AUGACGGCGACCUCGGCGUCGCACAAAUCCCAUGUCGACAUUGUCGGAGCCGGGUCGGCGGGCCUGAUGCUGGCGUUGUGGAUGGCACGGCUGGGCAUCAAAACGCGCGACGUGGACAAGCGGACGGACAAGGUCUCUUCUGGCCAGGCCGACGGCUUCCAAGUGCGGACGUUGGAGAUACUGGACGGCUUCGGCAUCGGCGAAUGCGAGUGGGAGGAGGCCAACCACAUGAUUGACUCGCGAGAGGUCAGUUUCUGGAACCCCAACGAGAACGGCAAGAUCCGGCGCGACGUGCGCAUGCCGAACUCGACAUCGGGGCUCUCGCGAUUCACUCAAUGCGUCGUCCGCCAGGGCCGAAUGGAAAACGUCUCUGCUCGACGCCAUCCGCGCCUUGAAGCCAUGACCAGCGGACCCGCAAGCCUUGCCUACGACGAAGACGCAUACCCCAUAGAGGUGACACUGCGUCACCUAACCGAGGAGGCCACGCCCGCGCAGCGGCUGAGCAACGUCGGGGAUGGGCUGCACAGGAGCACCCUCGCCGACGACACGGGCAAUAUCCUGGAGCGAAGCGCUCUGGGGACGGAACAGCGGCUGGAGGAGAAAGACGAGCAGGUCCGGGCCAGGUUCCUGGUCGGCUGCGACGGCGCGCACUCGGGCGUGCUCGACGUUGUGCCAAUUACGGACUUCCCCGACAUCAGAAACCGCUGCAUGGUGCGCACAGCCGGGUCGGGGACCAUCACGGCCAGUCCCCGUCACCCUGGAGGCCAUCCUCGAGGCUACGCAGAAGAUCCCGAGCCCGUACAGUACACGAUCAGCUAUCACUGCACUUACUGGUGGACGGCUUACCGGAUCGAUAGGGGCUCCGCUGACCCGACCCGGCCAUCCUAUGCGGUGUACACGCACCCGCCCAAGGCCGGCCUGGGGAUGAACACGUCCACGCAGGACACAUACAGCCUCGGCUGGAAGCUGGGUCUUGUGUGCAACAAGGUGGCGCGGCGCGGCGUGCUGUCUACGUACGAGCUCGAGCGGCGGCAGGUUGCCGAGCAGCUCGUUGCCUUUGACCAGCAGUUUGCCAGCAUGUGGCCGGCGGCCAACUGCAAGCCCGGCACUCGCUUUGCCUCGCACAAGGUGCUGAACCAGGCGGACCCGCGGCCGUGGGAGCUCCACCACCUCAUGCCGUCAGACGGGCGGUUCCGCGUCGGCGACGUUUCGCGCCAUGGUCAGCUCGUCAACGGGCUCGGGGGGUGGCUGACGACGGAGUUGCUGCUCCGGCACCCGCGCAUGGGGGCGGAAGCCGGGCUCAUUGAGGUGCUGCUAGUGUACGCAGCGAGGCGCGAGGAGAUUGAGCUGCUGACGGACCUGCACGAGCUGUACCACCCGUGGGACGCGAAGCUGGGGUGGUACUAUGACAAAACGUUUAUCGACGGGCCCAGCUACCACGAGGACCACGGCAGGGCGUGCGAGGGCUACGGCGUGGAUGCCGACGGGGGCCGUUUCAAGGCCCUGUCCAGCGGGACCGACGACGUGACAGGCGCGGCGCCGUUGUGA